AAUGGUAGUAGUAUUAAACAACGGUAGGUGUUAGCGUUGGAUUGAGAAGUGAGAGAAAUCAAGAAUGGAGUUUCAGGCGUUGCCGGAAGGUUGCGUGGCGAGCAUACUCUCUUGCACCACCCCGGCGGACGUGUGCAGGCUCUCGGCAGUUUCCAAGAUUUUCUGUUCAGCCGCCGAAUCCGACGAAGUUUGGGAGCGUUUUCUCCCUUCCGAUUACCAUUCCAUCGUAUCCCAAGCUUCCGCGCCUCUCAACUACGAUUCCAAGAAGGCUCUCUAUUUCGCUCUCGCGGAUCGCCCUGUCAUAAUCGACCAGGGUAGAAAGAGCUUUCAAUUGGAGAAAAAGAGUGGGAAGAAAUGUUACAUGCUUGCUGCCAGAGCUCUCACCGUUAUUUGGGGCGAUAAUGAGAACUAUUGGACUUGGAUAGUCGAUCCCAAUUCCAGGUUCCCAGAAAUUGCUGAACUUAAAGAUGUGUGUUGGCUUGAAAUUCGUGGGGUGAUAAACACCCGUGCCUUGUCCCCAAAUACUCAAUAUGCUGCUUAUCUUGUUUUCAAGAUGAUUGAUGCCUACGGAUUUCGCAACCGUCCUGUGGAGUUAUCGGUUGAAAUCUUAGGUGGCCAUGUUAGUAGCAAAAUUGUCUGUUUGGAUUCAAACAGAGAGACGCCAAGCAACAGAGUCAUGGGAUUGCAACGUCCAAAGGAUAGAAACGAUGGGUGGUUGGAGAUUGAGAUGGGAGAGUUCUUCAAUCCAGGCUUAGAAGAUGAAGUGAAGAUGAGUGUCUUAGAGACUACGAAUGGUAAUUGGAAGAAGGGCCUCUUUCUUGAAGGAAUAGAAGUGAGGCCAAAGAGAGAGAAUUAAGCAACCGGAAUUUCUUGUUUGAUGUAAUUCACAGAACUUUAUAUGCAUGGGUCUUGCGUCUUAGAGGGCAUGAUGCUGCUUGUGUAUUUUAAGCGUCAACCGUUGAACUUUGUGAUGUAUUAUCGUGCCAAACUGCUACUCUUUUAUAUACAUAAGUUGUAUUGCUUCUUGUGAUUCUUAUCACUGAUGAGGGGGUAAACUGCUUGUAUAUGGUGGAUGAAAUUCUGAACAUUUAUUGUAAUGCUGAUGUUAAGAGUGUAAGUGGAUAUAUAUGUAAUCUCCGAAUUCGAACUGAUCUAGAUCGGUUCAAUAAGUUUGUUUGGGUUAGAUUUUUUCCAAUGAAUUUGUUUGGGUUAAA